AUGGCCAACGUCCCAGUCACCGUCGACAUGGAUUUGGGGUCUAAUUGCCUCCAAGAUCCUAGCGAUUACUCAACAGACGACCUCAUCUCCUACUACGCUGCCUACAGAACGACAAGCCUCACCGACUCCUUUGGCUCUGACUUUAGCACCUACCAAGACUAUUUAGACUACUACAAAAAGGUUACGCAAAUCGGCGACAUCGGGUCGGCUUUGGCGAAUAUGGAUGGACAACAUACCCUUGACGCCUACAACCCUGAUGAGAGCCUGAGCCCAAGCUUUCUCACAUUCCAAACUGAGAUUGACGGUGGCCUCUUUGACGGCUGCAUCGGGUCGCACUCCUCCAAGAUGUUCAGCCUGGACGUCGAUGGCACCAGUUACCAGAUCACGCUGGAAGACCCGCCAGCAUCGCAAUGGACCAUCACCCAGGACUCGCCCGGUGACCCAAACCGCAUCGUCAUCGGAUCAGGCGGCCGCGCGAACCCGCUUUUGACGGUCCUCUACGCAGUGUUGGGAGUUGAAGUUCUUGCUCUCGCUGGUGCCGUCCUCGGAUCUGCCCUUGGAGGUCUGGCUCCCGCCGCUGUGGAGGGAACCAUCGCCGAGAUGGGAACUUCCGAAAUGACCCAGAUCAUUGAGGACAAGCUGGCCAGUGACCCGUGGGUCAUGCAGUGGAUGGAAAAGACGAUUUUCGGAGAAACAGAGGCAGCAGCCAAGAAGCGCGCGUCCCCCAUUGCUCGACGUGGCGUUGGUGCGGGAGGUAUUCUCCAGGAGUGGACGGCUGCGUAUGACACGUGA